GAGGCGCGGGCUCGGGACAUCAAAGCCAAACUGGUUACAAAGUAGCAGUCGCGGCGCGUCAUCAAAGUCGCUGCGGGAAACAUCAGAACGCGGAGUGUGACAGCCGGCGGGCUUUCCCGCGAGUCCGCGUGCUUACUGAACUACAAGCAAAGACAAACACGGGCAAAAGGAACUGACUCGCGGCCGGUCAUCACGUCCAGUUUCUGCGGCUGCUGCUGUUGCAUUCGCGUGCUGCCAUGCACAUAUAUGCCGUGCUCGCCGUAUAGACACACUCCGGACGCGGAUUACAGAUCGCACAGAUCCUACAGGCUGUAAACAGUUGCUCCAGAACAGGAACAAGAGUUUGACAUCCUGUGUGUUUACAACGACAUGGGAAAAAGACCCUCAUCUAUCCAGUAAGAAUGUUUCCGUUGCACAGAGAGAGGGAACAGCCCAUCUUCAGCACUCGAGCUCAUGUGUUCCAGAUCGACCCCGCCACCAAACGCAACUGGAUCCCGGCCAGCAAGCAUGCGGUCACCGUCUCCUUCUUCUACGACGCCAACAGACACGCCUACCGCAUCAUCAGCGUGGGCGGGACCAAGGCGAUCAUCAACAGCACGAUCAGCCCCAACAUGACAUUCACUAAGACGUCUCAGAAGUUCGGUCAGUGGGCGGACAGUAGAGCGAACACCGUCUAUGGCCUCGGAUUUGCCACGGAGCAGCAGCUGCACCAGUUUGCUGAGCGUUUUAAAGAGGUGAAAGAAGCUGCACGUCUGGCCAGAGAGAAAUCGCAGGACAAGAUGGAGCUGAGCACCGCAGCACUCAGUAUCGCAGCACCUCAGGACUUGUCUGAUGAGCUGCAGUCUCCUCCAGUGAUGUGCGUGAACGGACCGGAGGACAAGCUCUUCCGGAGCCAGAGCGCUGACAUUACUUUGUCCUCAGAGAAGGAGCGCAUUAAGAAGAUGCUCUCGGAGGGGUCGAUCUGUGAGUUGAAUCUGGAGGCCGAGCUCUUCACCUUACAGGACAGUAACUCGAAACUGGUGGCGGCGCUGCAUGAGGCUAACGCUAACGUGGAGCAGUGGAAGAAACAGCUGGCGGCGUAUCAGGAGGAGACCGAGAGAUUACGAGAUCAGGUGGCGGAUCUGGAGGCUCACGGCGGUCAGGGACCCAGCGACAUGCUGAAAGAUGAGCUCACUCAGUCUCUGGAGGAGCUGGAGAACCUGCUGAAGGCAAAGGACGAGGAGAUCCGUAUUCUUCAGAGUAAGAAGUCCAACUUCCAUGAGCUGGAACAGGAGAGAGAAGAAGCCAUUCACAGACUACAGAACAAGAUAACAAGACAAAGUAGGACAUACAGAGAAAUGGAGCUGGAGAUGCGUAACGUUGAGCUGGAGCGUCGCGUGCAGAACGCCGAACAGAACCUGUCGUCGGCGCUGGAGGAUCGCGAGCGGGCCGAGAACGAGGUGCAGAGAGUCAUUCAGAUCCUCGACGUCAAGAUCUUCGACCUCAACGACCUCCGGCAGAGUCUGGUCAAGCUGAUCAGCAAAUAGUGUGACGUGAGAGACGGAUACCGUCGGUACCUGCUCAGUCUCCCUGCUUUCUUUUCUUUCAUCUUCAAUUUGCACUGAAAGCUCUUUCUGUUCCAGUCUAGCAAUAACUUCAGCGACCAGGAUGUUACGACGGUAGAUGGUGAACCGCACUGUUACGGUACGGCACAAGUUAGGAGGGGACGUUUAUUUUUGAUACGCUCUUUGUCAGAAACACUAGUGCUGUGUGACGUCUUUACAGGAUCAUAAUUAGUUUUUUUUUAUUAUUAUUAUUAUUAUUUUUUUCGUGCUAAGUCAACAAUAGGGCUGGAAAUAAUCGAUUCACAAACGCAUCACAAUCAUUUCUCCAAUGUCUCAAAAAAAAUAUAUUGAAAUUUUAUUUGAAAGUAUUGUUUAGUGCAGUGCAAGUUAUUUACAUUUUGCAUCUACAUUUAUUUAUUUUUUUAUUAUUUUACAUAUAAAUAUUAUAUAAUUAAAAUAAUAAUUUAAUUGUAAUCAUUAAAAAAUAUAUAUUUUAAUAAUAAUAAUAAUUUAACUUUAAAAUUCACCCAUUUCUGUAAAAUUCUGGCUGUAGCAAAGUAAAUUUAAUUUUUUAUGAACACUUUAAAAGAUUAGGUUUAAAAACUCAUUGUAUAGAGAGAGAGACCU